AUGCAGGAGUACGAGGACCCCAAGCUGCGCAACCACGUCCGCUCGCUGCUCCUCGACUACUGCCUGCAGCAUCUAGCGACGGACUACAUCGAGUACACUGAGAGCCUCUUCGAUCAGCUGAUCUCUGGCUUCCUCACUCAAAUUCCUGAACACGACACGAGCUCGUUACGUCUCCCUGUCGACGUCGACCCUCUCGAGAAAUUUCUGGCCAAGCAUGCCAUCGAGUCCCUGUCCUUCGAUGAGAAGCUUCAGAUCGACCAGCAUAUCGUGGAAUACAUCAAGAAGUAUACAAAGGUCCUACCUCGCAACAGAGCUGAGCAAGCCGCCUACGACGAUCAACACGAGUGCCUCUCGCCACCGUAUCGGCCCCCGACGCCUGCCAUGUCGCGGAAGGCCCGUUCAGAGACCCCUCAUUUAGGCAAACUUGGCAAAGGACCCGCGUCCACAUACGAUGCAGUACAAUCCGCGCAUUCGCUGCAGCCGGUGGACGUUCAACCUAUCCCCGAGCCUGACCUUGACCUGUCGGCAUGUCUGGACGUCAAAUUCCAGCUCCCCGCCCAUGAAUUAGCCCCCGUUCGCAACUUGAUCAAGUCUAGCCAGUUCAACUCCGCGGAACACUGUAAUUCAUGGCUGGACCCACGACGACCACCGUCCCCGCCUGCUGUGCGUUCGCGCUCGCCUUCUCCGUUUAUGCCAUUGUUUGCGCGUCUACAACGACCCGGAAAUGGUCAACCGCCGCCGCCUGCGCCGAAGGCACCUCAAACGACUGCAGACUUGGCGCAAGCAUCUUUGCCUACGCUACCCGCUGGGGAGGACCAGCAGUCCCACAUUACCAACAUGGUCGUCGUCGACGGCUGGUCGGCGUUACAAUCAUCUCCCUCGCCGCUUACGACGCCAUCGGCAUCCCAGGAGGAUGACCAUCUGGAUGAGCUGUUUCAGACUAGCACACCACCUACAGAACCUCUGUCGCUCUUCGAAACCAUGGACACGGUUAUAUUCCCUCGCAAGGAAAGGUUGGACGGUCGUGCUACUUCGCAGAAGCCCCUCGGCUCCGACAAAGCUCUAAGCGCAUUCCUCAUGCCCUUAAUCUCCGCCCAACACGACGGCAGCACCAAAGCAGAUGAACGCCCACAAACACCUGACUCUGCGCCCGCUUCAUCCCCGCCAUCGCUCUCGCUUGUGGGCGCGCCGCCGUCGCCGGUGGGCCGGGAAGACCGGUUGCGCAGGCUGCUCGGGGACGAGGAGCUGAGUUUGGACGUGGGGCAGAUAUACCGAGAAGUGAAGGAGCAUCCAGCGGAUCUGAUCAUGAAGGACCGACCGGACGAUAAGGCGGAUUUGCUCAUGGAGGUCCCGGAACUAUCGCCGCCAAACGAGCACGCGCCUGGAGGGCUAAUCAUUCCAGAGAAAUUCGCGCAGUUGCUCCCGCCCCCAAAGUCGGACAGCAAGGCGAAGGAGGUCCACCAAUUUUUGCGCCGCGCGAAGGGCCUGCCCUCGCUGAAUACUAGUUUGUCCUGGAUGCUCUUCAAGAGCGACGCUAUGCUCCCGACACGAGACGAAGCUUGCGGCGCGGCGACUCUUUUCGACCAUCAGGACUUCGACGGCACGUCGCUCGAGACUAUGAACGAGCAAGUUCAGACCCUAUUCGCGAAGGCGUGCAUCAUCAACGAGGAUGAGAAAGCCAAGGAUCAGUGGGACGACAAGAAUUGUCGGUUUGCGAUUCAGGACUCGAUCGAGGAGGACCUAUGGCGUGGAGACCUUCUUUUGACGAGAGAAGAGCGCUGGCGACGCUCGGGGUAUGUGCCGCCCGUAGACGACACGGUCAGGGAAACUCUACUCGAGGGCGCAGCAGAGCAAGAGCCGGAACGAAUUGCAAAACGAGCGCGCACCGAUGCGCCCACAUACACUGCUCAGGCGCCCACUGACACGGUGACAACCAUCAUAGACGACUCCGGGAUCGUGCUUCUCGACGACCUACCGGCUUCCAAGGCUGUCGAACGCCCACGAGAUGACGCUGCUCUACAGAACUCUAUCACUGCUCAGCCUGCUCAUGCCGACAUUCCGUUUGCUGAUUAUAUGCGCUCUAAUCAUGCUCUGCUCGCCCCUGUUACAUCUGCUUUUGAGGCCCGUGCGCCUACACUGUCGCCAUCUGCUUCGACCUAUGCGAACGAACACCCCUACGACCACGAGCCCAUCUUCGACCAGCCUUUCAAUGGUCAGCAACUUCCCUACGGUGAACCCGAAUACGACCAACAAGUGCCCUACGAGUACUGCGACGACAAUAAGGAGAACAUUCCGCAACUCGCGCAAGACGCCUACACCGAGAUCUCCUCUUUGGACUACGCUGACUAUGACAUGCCUGCCGCUCGCUCCCCCAGCUUUUUUUCUUCCGCAAUUGACGACGGCAACGCCGAUAUGGACGAUCUGUCGAUGCUAUCUUCGAAUGCUCUACAGCUGACAUUCGAGCCGCCGCAAGCAUACCCAUCGCGUACGCAGAGUGAGGUCGAGGUCGAGUCGCAACUGUCCUUAAUCACGCCGGAGCCAGACUAUGUCGGUGGAUCGCAGUUCAUCCCGCUUUCCUUCGACUCCUUGCAGCCAGCCACCUCUCGCCGAUCGCAAUCUCGCGUACGCGACGAUCCUUCGAGCUUCGGCGAUACCACAACUGCGAGGGAGGACAUCUUCGAUAGUUCCUCAAAGCCCUCUGCGCGAUUCACCCGCGCGACUCUUCAUGCUGACAACUUCGAUAUUGCUGCCGCUGCUGACCUCGCUAACCACUCGCUCGGAAUAUUCGACUUCGCUCUCUUACGCGCGAAGAAGGUCACUGCGCCUGCACCCCCGCCGCCUCCCAUUAUCUCGCGACCCGCGACGCCAGAAGAACCGCGCAAACCGCCCGAAACCAUCUACGACGCGAAUACUCUACGAUUGCCCUCGACUUGGACGAUCCCAGGGACCGUGCACCGCUACCUCGCUUCGAUCGACUGUGUUCAAAAGCAGGCUCUCAUGCGCGGCCUGCGCUCCGAGGAGUGCGCAGUUGACGUCGUCGAGCGCGACAGCCUGGGAGGCGUGGACUUCAUCAUCGACGCGCAUACAGGCGUCAUGCUCGUAUCUCUCCUGUCCCUCCCUGGCGACUGUGCAGACGCCGUCGCGCGCAUCGCGACGCAGACCUGGAACUUCGAUCGUCUGCUCGUCGUUCUUGAAGCAUACCCCUCGACGUAUGCGAAGAAGAUCGAGAGGCGUAGCGCGGCGCCGUUCGCGUAUACGCCGCCGGUUCUGAAGGCGCUGCAGAAGCUGCGGCGCGAUCUGAAUAUCGAGCAGGCGUGUGGGACGAGUCGGGAGGCGACAGAGCUGAAGAUCGCGUUCGCGGACACUGUGUCGGAGGCGGCGUUGUUUGUGCGCAUGUUUGGGAAUGAGGCGGAGGAGAUGGACACAACGGAUGGGGCACUGUGGGGAGGGAGGGAGUGGUUGGACGAUGAGCCUUACGAGGGAGAGAUGGAUUUUGCCGCUGUAAAGGGGAUGAACGUCUUUGCCGCCAUUAUCAUGCUCUGCCAGGAGGACCUUACCAUGCAGGACGUCCUGAAUAUGUCCCCGAAGCAGCGCCUCGUUUUCUUCGGACCCUUCAUUGGCGUCGACCGGGUGGAAUCCUUCAACUCUGUUCUAUCCAACCGCCGGCAGCAGGGAGAAGCGAUGUCCCUGGUCGAUGCUUCGUCCGAACUGCUCGCACCAGGAAAUUAG